CACCUGCUUCCGGUGUGAUAACAUGACUAAGCGCCCUGGUUCGCCUCACGCUGCGACCCCCCGAUCUCUUCUUCGCCUCUUGCUCGCCAUCGGUGGAGAUAACACCCACCGGAGUCUUGAACUUGCCUAUUCUCUUUCUCUACAAUCCUUUUGUCGGUCCUUUUCGCUCUCGUCCACCUCUCCCUCCUCGACCGGCGUCGUCCGGCCUACCAAGAAUCUAAACCUCCCCGAUCCGAACGCUUGCGGGGGGUUUGCCUCUACUCUUCGAUCCUUUGCUUCCACUCAGUGAAUGGCUUCGGAGACUCAGUAUAUUUCAGAGUGCCUUUGGGUGUGAUAUCGAUUGUGGUGACAAUAGGAGAAAAAGACCCGGCUACCACAACCUACAUUCCUUCAGCGCCGUUUACGUCACUCAACAUGGCCGAUUUAAUUGCCUUUCAAACAUACCAUCAUAGUAAUCUGCUCCCGCCUUCCUCUACCAUGAUCCCGCGACACGCUCACAAGCGGUCUCUGUCCUCCGAGCAUCGGGCUCUUUCCCCCGACAGGACCGUAACUAAAGCCAAGUCCACGACCAAUCUCUCCGACGCCGUUAAUCAACAGCCUUCCAAAUUCGAAGAAAACAACUUCAAUACCUUGCGAGACCCGCGAUUGGUCAUUCCCUCGGAAGUUUCAUCUUCAUCGUCAUCGUCUCACCACCCCGACUUGAGCAAUGAAGUGGCCGCCCUCAGCGUGAAGCUGAUUCAAGCGAUCAACAAUCAGACCACUUUGGAUGAUAAUCUAGUUGCCACGCGACAAGAACUGGAGACCGCAUUAGGGAAAAUCAAGGCCCUAGAGUUUCAGAAUGAGAAAUACCGAAAGGACAUUGCCGAGAAAGUCUAUAUCAAGAAAGCCGAUGCAGAUAUUGAGCUCAUGCGUUUAAGGGGUCUUCUUGCAGAGGAGUGUGCUCAGCGUUCGAAUGCGGAAAAGGCCAAGAAGUCAAUCGAACAGGAGCUGGAGACUCUCACUGCCGAUCUCUUCGAGGAAGCGAACAAGAUGGUUGCUUCAGCUCAGAUUGAGCGCGAAGCGGUCGAGCGAAAGAACGAGCAAUUGCGCUCACAGAUCAAAGACACAGAAUCGCUUCUCGCAUCGCAUCAAGAUCAACUAGCAGAGCUCAAAUCGGUCUUGCAAGGAAUGCACCUCGCCCGAGAUGACUUGGAUCUCCGUACCAACGCCUCCACCGCGCCUCCAUCUCCGGCCGGUCCCUCACAACUUUCAGGAACCUCCAAGCAAGAACUCGAGUUCGAAAACGCUGCUACACCCGUUUGCAAUCCCGAGGAGUUGAUUCCCGGGCCGACUUGCAACUUCCCCGACAUGAUCCGCUUGGUGUGCCGGACUGAUCUGCAGGCCUACGACGAAUUCAAAGAGUUGAUGACGCUUCCACGGAGCUCGAAGCCGCCAAGUCGGGCGGGCAGCGGUUCUUACGCUGGCCUGAACGUCAUGAGCUUGGCGAGCUUUGCGACUGGCGGAUCCGCCUCGGCCACUUCCUCACCUACAAAGGGCAUGACCCAUUCCCCGAAUGGGAGCCUCUCCUCGCAGACUGGCUCGCAUAUCCCAUUGAAGGAAACACGUUUCUACAAGCGUGUGCUCAUGGAAGAUAUCGAGCCGACUUUGCGACUCGAUCUUGCCCCUGGUAUUUCGUGGCUUACCCGACGUACGGUUCUGAGUGGUAUCUGUGAAGGUACUCUUGUUGUGGAGCCCAUUCCCCCUGCGAGCAAGAAGCUCGAGUUCCCUUGCUCUGUUUGUGGCGAACGCAGGCCCGGUGAGCAGACCGAACGCACGCACCGGUUCCGAACCUCGGAUAGUGAAACGGCCCAGCGGUACUCUCUGUGCAUUCAUUGUCUGGAACGCGUCCGUUCAUGCUGUGAAUUCACUGGUUACCUGCGCCUGAUCCUUGAUGGCCAUCUUCGCGCGGGCGAUGUCGAUGAGGAGAAAGAGAUUUGGGAAGAGACCAUUCGUUUACGGGAACGCAUGUUCUGGUCUCGCAUCGCAGGUGGCAUCGUUCCAUUGGUCACUGCGCCCGUCGAGUCGCGAUCGGAGCCAGAAAUUGCAGAGAAGAGCAUCAGUGUCCCCAUUGAUCACCAUCUACACCCGGCAGAUGACGCCAUCGUGGACCUGCAGCCUGUGGAUGUAUCGCCAAUGUCGGAGAUUCCUCAUAUUGCCCAUCCUGUACAUCCCGAAACUCUUAUCCGAGAUCACGAAGUGGCGACGCCUUCGACAUCUGAAAUCCCCCACCUUGAUCGGGAUGGUGUUGAGGACUCUGCUGAUGAAGCGCUACAAAGACGCGGCUCCGUUGGCUCCGAUGUUAGUGUAUAUGAAGAGGCUAAUGCGGAAGUCGCUGACGGCAGUGAGAAGGCUGUCAUAGAGCAGCUUUCGACUACCCUUGAAAACGAAGACACCGAGGCGAGCUCUGAAACCGUGACUCCUGCUAUUGAGCCGCACACACCCACCCAAGAGCAAGAGCCUGAAGUCAAGGCAGAUAUCACGGAGCCUGUCGUCCAGCCCCCGACGCCCACUCAUGAAGUCGAAAGCACCGAAGCCAAGGUCGACGGCGUGGAAAAUAUUGCUGCGCAAGCAUCAUCUACGCCCGACCAAGAAAAGAACGAAGCCAACGGCCAAAGCAGCUCAUAAGCUGUAUCGAUCUUUUCCCUAGGAUCAACAUGAGUACGACGAUCACACGGCUAGCCCGGUGUUUCAUGACCUAUCUGACGCAUUGCCUGCAUACUCCAUCAAAGACGCUGAUAGACACACAUUUCUUUUCUUUCGUCGACGCUGCAUACCCCCUUUAAUUCUUCAUGUCAUUUCAACCCCUCGAAUGAUGCACUUUGCAUCUAUCUCAUUUUCAUUCUUCUCGAUAUCCCCUUUGAUAUUCAGCAGCGCACCUUUUCUCUAUACCUGUAUUAUUACCUCAAACUUCGCAUUCGCAUCAUUAUUCUUAUCAUGUAUACAUACUAAUGUUGCUUCUUCUUCAUCGUCGAUGCUUUGCUGUCUCGUUUUGGAUCCAGAGGCUUGUUGAGUUCGUUUUUUCUUCUAUAUCCCUUGGUGUGGUGUGGAUUUCUGGUUCGGAAGUCUUUGAGAUGGCCAGGCAGUUGAGAUAGAGAAAUUUAGUUUUCACUUUGUGUGAUCUACUUCCAACC